AUGGCCGGAGGUUCCAAUAGCUCCGACUCUGGCGGGGCCAGCUGCACAGGUCGACUGGAGGGUGGAAAUAAUAUUGUGCUCGUUCGUAUCUAUGGAAAUAAAACGGAUUUAAUUAUUGACAGAACUGCUGAACUGAGGAACAUAAAGAAACUCAAUGUUCUCGGCUUGGCACCUAAAAUAUAUGGUAUAUUUGAAAAUGGAUUGGCUUAUCAAUACUACCCAGGAGUAACUCUGAAUGUGGACACUGUUUUAGAUUCAAAAGUUUGGCCACUAGUGGCAAAGCAAAUGGCGAAAAUGCAUAAAGUUCAGUUAGGACCUGAGGUGACAAAAAAUCCAAUGGUAUGGGAUAAAAUUGAUCAAUUUUUAAAUUUAUUACCAGAACCAUUUACAGACGAAACUAAACAGAAGAGAUUUGUCGAUAGCUUUGGCUCACUAACCAGACUAAGGAUAGAAUCCGAGCGAUUAAAGUCGUAUGUAACAAAAACCGAGAGCCCGAUCGUGUUUGCUCACAAUGAUUUACUUCUAGGAAACGUUAUCCACAACCAAGAUGAAGGAACUAUAUCUUUUAUAGACUAUGAAUACGCCGCUUAUAAUUAUCAAGCGUUUGACAUUGCAAAUCAUUUCAAUGAAUUUGUUGGGUUGUCAAUAGAUGAUAUCGACUACGGCAAAUAUCCUAGCAAAGAGUUCCAAAUGUCUUGGAUAGCUGCGUAUUUGGCGGAGUUUUUAAACGUGGAUUCACCAGACCAAAGGGCAGUGGAGAAAGUGUACGAGGAAGUCCAGCACCUGGCGUUGGCCUCCCAUUUUAUGUGGGGGGCGUGGUCAUUGGUGCAAUUCGAACUUUCGGAUAUUGAUUUCGAUUUUGGAAGGUACGCCAAGAUACGGUUCGACCGAUAUUUCGAACUGAAAGAUAACAUCUUCAAGCAACUGAGUUGAUCUUACGUCGAAUGUAAUGUGCCAAUAUUAUUAAUAACUAUAAUAAGCGUUAAUUUAUAAUGUACAUAAUUCAUGAAACAAUAACAACUGUGAAGUACGUGCAUAUCCGGCGGAAUGAUGGACGUUGGCAGCUUGUGUUGACUGUUG